AUGAGGACCAGCCUGGUGGUAUACCACCGCGUGCGCGAGAUGCCAUUCGUGGAGGGCAACUUCACAGCGUACCUGAACAGGCAGUUCCGGUGCAAGGAGGGGGCUGCAUUCAACCACUGGGUGCAGCACUACGCAUCGGAGGUGCACUGGGCUUUCCACACCGAUAUCGACGAGUAUUUCUUCUCCCCAGCCGGCACGCCGCCCGGCUUUCUUCGUCAUUACCUGCAGACGCUACCAAAUACGACAGUACAGGUCCUGCUUCAGAACAUGCUCUUCCUUGGGGACCCAGUAGGCCCAGGCACCCACGCGCUCCUAGAGCGCUACACCCUGCGCAAACCCAACUCAUUACGGCGCCAUCUCCUCCCCACUUCCUGUUCUCUCCCUCACAGGUCCCCAUUCGCGCAGGGGCGCAUGUUCUUCCUGGGCGACUCAAUAUACUCUGACACCGACACGCUACUAGAGCGCUACACCUUCCGCAUGCCCAACUCCUCCCAGCGCCACUGCAAAACCCCAAACGCCUUUCGAGUCCCAACUCCUCCCAACUCCUCCCAUCUCCUCCCGACUCCUUCCAAAUCCCCUAUGUUUGCCGGGGCCCCUUUUAUUCCUGGGCCCCUUGAAUUCGUGAUCCCAUCCAUACAGGUCCUGAUUCAGAACAUCUUCUUUCUCGGCGGCCCCAUUGGUCCUGACACCGACACUCUACUAGAGCGCUACACCUUCCGCAUGCCCAACUCCUCCCAGCGCCACUGCACCAAACCCAUUGCUUGGCCGCCCCUCACCGCGCACCUCAUGGACAACACCGGUUGCCCCUCACCGCGCACCUCAUGGACAACACCUUUCAAGUGCCAUGCCACACUUUUCCCUCGUCUCCUCCUCUCCUUCUCCCCUCCUCUCCUUCUCCCCUCCUCUCCUUCUCCCCUCCUCUCCUUCUCCCCUCCUCUCCUUCUCCCCUCCUCUCCUUCUCUCCCUCUCCCCUUCCCUCCCCUCAUACCCCCUCAGGUGCUGGUUCAGAAUAAGUUCUUCCUCGGAGAUCCAAUAGGCCCGGACACGGACACGCUGCUAGAGCGCUACACGCUCCGCAUGCCCACCUCGUCCGGGCGCCUUCGCACUAAGCCCAUUGCAUGGCUGCCCCUCGCUGUGAACCGUAGCGGUGAUGUUUUCAUCAGCCCCCACCAGUGGCCUAUGCUGGAGAAUGGGCCACCGCGAUUGGUCGAUAUGGGAGUGCUGAGGCUGAACCACUACUGGGGGGACCGCGCCGGGGUGAUUUCGGACAAUACCCCGGAUUACACGAUCGAUGUCACGAUGAUGAGCGAGUAUGGGGACGGGCUCGUGAAGGAUGAGUCAGCAAAGCCCAUGGGAGUGUGGCUGCGGCAGCGCAUGCAGGUGGCAUGGGCGGUCAUAUCAGCACAGGCGGUUCACAAGGAGAGGGAGCGGCUCAGGAAACGUGUGGCUGAGGAAGCGUAA